AAGAGGACUCACACACUACAGACACACACACACAGACAUGGAUAUCUUUCUGCCUCUCUUCAUGCUAGGACAAGGAGCUCACACAGCCUUCAGCUUGAGUAACUGAUUCGGACUGAGGACCAGGAACAGGACCAAGCAGACAAGAUGUUUCCUUUCAAAGCCACCAUUCUCCAGGAGAGGUCCCAGCUCCAGGAGCUGAACUGCCGGCUGGGGUCUUACCUCGCCGGGGUCCGGGAGCUGGAGCGGGAGAACGAAGAGCUGAGCGUUGAGAUCGGGCGCUUGAGGCAGGCGGGGGCGAGGGAGGGGAGCCGCUCCCACGCCGAGGAGAUGGCCAGGACUCGCUGGGAAGUGGAGGAGCUGACUCUGGAGAGGGCAAGGGCUGAGAUGCAACGCUGCCACCUCCAGCGGGAGAUCCAGGAGCUGAGAGACUACCUCCUGACCGAGCAGACUCUACACAGCAAGAGAAGGCAUGAGUUGGAAGCACAUCAUCAAACUCUACAGCAGAUGGAUGCCACCAACACUUCCCUGGAGGGUAUCAUCUCCCAGCUGCAGGGUGAGUAUUCAGCCAUGGAAGCCCAACACCAGCGAGACAUGGGGGAAGUGGAGAAAGAACUGAGGAGAGGCAGCCAACUCCUGGUCACCCAGAGACCCAGCCCUAUAGACCUGGAGAACCAUUCCCUGGCCUUUUCCGAAAUCUGGCAGGAAAACCUAGAGGUGUACAGGCACAACAUCGAGGAGCUUGAAGCCACGGGGCAGCAGGACGAGGUGAGGGGGGAAGAGUUCCAGAGAGAGAACGCACUUUUGCUCCGAGAUGUGGAAACCCUGAAGAAUGAAUUGGAAGAGCAGUGUGUUCUCCAGAGCCAACUGGAAGAGGACUUCUUAAAAGUUCAGCAGGAGCAUGGCGAGGAGGUGGAUGGAUACCAGAGCCAAGUUGAUGUGCUGGAGGAUGAGAAGCAACAGCUUGCAUCAGCCAUUGCCCUUAAUCUCAGGGAGCAGAAGAGGUUGAUGCAGGUGAAGAUGGGACUGAACCUCGAGCUGGCCACCUACAGGGCCUUAUUAGAAGCUGAACACAGGAAACAGCAGGAGAUAGGGGAGCAGCGAUGGAACUCCAGCAAAGGUGUUGACAUGAGAUCACAGAGAUACAACGUGAUGCCGCUUCCAACACUUGACUCUCUGGAUGGAAUACGAUGGAUGCCAAGUCGAAAAACUCUCCCCUCAACCAUCCAGACAGACUCUGUGACAAUCGCCAGAGGAAUAACAUCAAAAGCUAUUCCAUCCCGAAUCUCUGGAACACGGAAGAUCAAUAGUUCUUUCUCAGAAAAAAAUCUCCUUUACACUGGUAAGUCUUCACCAGUUCAAAAUGUGGAUCCUGCAGCAAGGCCGAGGAACACCUACAAAGGAAUGGCGCGGUCGACUUUGGCCCCCCGUGACCCAUUCAGCACAGUGAAGAAACCUCAAGAGCAGCGCAAAGUCCUUGUGGAGGAGGUGAAAACGGGUCAAGUGGUCUUGGAGAGGCCUGAGCCAGCUGUGGAAGUGACCGCCUUCCCAGCUGGGAUACAUGCCAUGGAGGCGGUCGGCGAGAAUAAAACUACCACGUCAGAGAAUAAAGCCAAACCUCAGAGUUCAAGGGACUUCCCCAAGCCUUUUAGUCGGGUGGAAUAUUAUGAUUUUGACGGGCGAUCCGGUGAGACAGCAGGAGAGGAAGAGUUCAAAUGGCAAAGUUCAAACAACGUGAUAACCUUUGAACCCGGUGCAAAACAGCUGGAGUUCAAAGCUGACUUGAGUGAGGUGGGGUCACUCAUGAGCCCGGACCGAUACAGCCCUGCGGCCGACUUUGAUCAAAUCGAAUCAGAGUAUUACCUCCCGGAUAAUAUCGUAGCAACAAGCGACGAGGAACCCACGACAGAAUUCGUAGGUGAGAAUUGGGCGAGAAGUCCAGCAGAAGACUCGAGGGACUACAGAAGGAUAACUCUUUCCAGGGAAGGGGUCUUGGCGGGUAAUGUCAGAAUCGGGGACGUCUUUGAAACAGUGAUAAAUCCCACCGAUCUGGGAGAAAUGGUUUUCCCGGAAGCUGCCAUCACUUAUCGCAUUGAUGAGCAGGAAGCGCUGGAAGAUGGGGCAACAAAACGAGAAAUCGUCAUUCAGUCCCGGUGUGAGGAGACUGUAGACAUGGCAGACGAGGCCAGUCUUCUGGAAGCGCUGAAUAGGGACAGCAGCUGUCCAGAGAUGCAGCUGACCGGGACCUUGGGGCAUUUAUCAGGGUCAGAGACGGAGUGUUUCAUCGACAGGCAGCGGAACCUAGGCAUUCAGGGAGGGGAAGCUACAGGGAAAGUAUCUGUGGGCAUUGAGGUAAAUGAGCAGACCCCGGACGCUGAGAGCUUCCCCCCGCCACCAGAUGCAGGACAGCUGUACGCCGGGGAACAUGGUCUUGAAGGACCAAGUGGCAAAUGCGAGGAAGUCUUAAAUAUCACCAUGUCUGCUGCGGACUUCAGGAGAACGAUGCGGUCAGGUCCUGAGGCAGAGUUGGCAACAUUCCUGGAGAGGACAGCUAGUUUUUCUUCCGAUGAAAACGCAGAAGAGGGUGAAGGAGAACUGUACGGAAUAAAUGAACAAUACAAAAAUAUUGAGGGUGAUGAAGCCCUCGAACACAGUGAACGAGCCCAAUUCGCCUACCAAGAUUCCUUUUCUAAAGAGGUCUGCUCACCACGCGUAAUAGAAGAAUCGAUUAAGGUCCCGCAAGGUGUUCAGGCAUCGAUUGUGGAACUCCUGAAGGAGGAAACCGAGGAUCCAACACUUAAACUGAAGGGAGCCUUGGAGCAUCUGAGAGGGGCCGUGCCUGACAAUCUGAGGGAUGAGCUUGCCAUUCUCACUGGAGAAAUCCACGAGAGAUCGGACAACAUGUCGGUCAAUAUCAAGAACAUCCAGCAGUCCUCACACAGAGGGGUUAUCACGAUAGAAGCUGAAGUCAAUGUGUCACAAACUCUGGAGCCAGAAGACUUUUUUUCAAUGGGAACAUACAAUGAAGAUGAAGGGGAUGUAAGUGAACGAGGGUCUGGACUAACGUUUCGUAACGAUCAGCAGGAACUGCAAGGGCUAUUGAAUGGGAAAGACUCUCCAUUCGUUGUGUCUUUAAAUGAUGGAGACAGGAGCAGAGCAAACGUUCAAGUUUUUAACGAACAAAACAUCCUCUUUGAGCCCAGCGCAAGAGACGAGGAUGAAGAUGCUGAAGAAUUUUCAUCCACUCAAGGUCUUCAGACUGCAUUUGAAAUGUCUGGGCCAAGUGAUAUGGAGAGUGACUUGCCUCUAUGGCUGCAAAAGGAUGCAGAUAACAUGUUUGGGGAAGAGUUUGCGUACAAAGUCACGGAUCCUGACGACUCAUCUGCAACCCUGCACACGAGUGUGAACAGAAUUGUGUCAAUGCACUCCGGUGGCGGGGACAGCGAAGGGCCUGUGCCUUUCAUCACUCAGGAUGAAUUUGCUGAAGGAACAGAUGGAGAGGGACUGUUUGACAAUGUUUACUACGAGCAGUGGGAAUCCGGGAGCAGAGACGAGCCGGCAAUCAACGAGCCUUCUGAUUCUGAACUCGUGCAAUACUCCACUCUUCCAAAGGUCCAGACCAAGCAGCGGGUCGUCAUGUCCGAAAGCACCACGCAAGUGUUUCAUGGUCAACGAGGCAAUGGUGUGACACGGCUCGAUGAAGAUUAGCUGGUUCAGGCCGAUGAUAACCGAUAAAUAGUUCACGAAAGAAGAUUACGUCCUUUUAUCCAGAAUCUAAUCAACACAGAAAAAAAUGGAGAUCUACCAUCACUGAGUGGACAUUUGACAGUCUCAAUGCAAUCAGUGGCUGACUGGCCAGGGUGCCAGCUUGCCCGAUGGCAAGGGGGCCCCUGAUGAAGUGAUAGCAAGUGAUGGUGAGGGCCCCUGUUAAAUGAUAGCAUUGUAGUUGUGGGUGGGCCCCCUUUGUCUCCUGGCAACCAAUAUUAUUAGACCCAGUCCGCCACUGAAUGCAAUGAUAUAUUUUAUGCUUUGAUGAUGUACAGCUUGAGGAGUUUCUUGCCAAGCAUAUAACCACAGCUUGCAGGUUUUUCCCUAAAGGUGAUUUCUGAUUAACUAGGACAUCAAUGCUGUGGUGCUCGCUUACAAUGGGAAAAUAAUCAUUUAGAAACAACCUUGGUGGUGUGAUGCAAGUAGAUUUCAGUGACCAGCUUUCCAGAAGUAAUGUCAGAGGCCAACACUGCAAGGGAACUGACAGAAUGUCCCACUGUACGAGGCAAUUCAAGAGUUCUCCCGGGUUUCCCCCUGAAUCGAACUUGGAGAAUGUCCGUAGCCAGUCCGUGGAUGUCCCGUAGCGGCUCGUAAUGCUAACGGUAGGUACUCGGGACAUACCGGGAAACUCGGGACGUUAUUUCAUCCCUGUAAAAAAAUGUCCACAAGUAAAAAAAAUACUCGUGAUGAAAAAAAUUGUUACUUUUUUUACUCGUACGAGCCGCUACGGGACAUCCACGAACUCCUACGGACCCGCUACGGGCAUUCUCCGAGUUCGAAUCCGAGGAAAACUCGGGAGAACUCGUAAAUAACAGUGGGACAGGGGUUAAGGCCAGGGGGCACUGACAUUGCAGUCACUUAUAAGAUCUGCCUGCUUAGUUUUAAUUAGCAAGCCUCACAGUGCCUAAUAAUAUUGCAUGGUUAAGUUAUGUUAUGUUUAGAUGCCAUGCAGUUUGACCUGAAUUUUAGACUCCUCUGGGCCAACUCAUUAUCAAAAAUUAUCAAGCACAAAUACUAAUAUUGCAUUGAUAAAGAGGUGUAGAUGGCAGCUUUGUUACUAUCACAGACAAUUAAGCAUUAAUAAUUUCAAACCAUGCAGGAAAAAUGUUCCCAAUGUUGGGCGAGUCCAGAACCAGGGGCCACACAGUCUUAGAAUAAAGGGGAGGCCAUUUAAGACUGAGAUGAGAAAAACACUUUUUCACC